AUGGCAGAAAGACAACCUGAAAACGUGAGUUUAUACUGAUUUGUACCUUUACAUUUAUCCGUAAUUAAAGUACAUAGAAAGUACGUAGAAGUAUUGUUUUAAUUUUUCAGUCGUGCAUGAAUGGUAGAUUUUAUAAUACAUUUUAUCACCGACAUAUUUUCGCCUUUUUUGUAUAUAUGCUGUAUAUACAAUAUAGCAUACUUUAUACAGCAAUUCAUAUAAAUGAAGCAAUUUCAUUGUCAAAACCGAAGCGUUUCCGCGCGCACAAAAGCAGACAGAAAACGCUCAGAAUAGACACCUAUUUUAAGGAAAAAGUUGAAAAAUGUUCACUCCGCGCCCGCCGGGGAGAAAUGACUGCAAUGGAAAACGGCCUUUAUACUCACAAUAUUCAUAUUUCUUUACCUUAGAUGAACUUCGAAAACAGUUUUAAAAACAAGGUAGUAGUAACGACAGUUGAAGAAAUAAAAAAAUCUGUUGUUCCAAAUUCCCCUCGCAGAUCGACAAGCACCUUGACAUGUGCAGUGUUAAACAAGAGCCCAAUUAAACCCACGAGGAAUGGCAGCAUGUUUUCGUUGAAUUUAUGCGAUAGUGACCAGUCGACAACUAUUCGGGCAGUUUGCUUCAAUGAAGAUAUUUUUUCAAAGAUUCAGUCGAAAAAACCUACGAUCUUCAGUCGUUCAAGAUUAAACAAUCGUUCGGGAACAGAGAAACCCCUGAAUUGGUGCUUGACAACGAGACAAAAAUCUCACUCGCGUCCUCGCAAGUUGCAAUUGAACAAUGCUUUUUCACUAUUUCGCAAAUAUUGAGAGGGGAAAACCUCCAACAGUAGAUUUUUGAACGUCAAAGCGAAGGUAACUGCAAUCGACGAACCUCGUGUUGUCGGCACUUAUCCACAAAAUAAAACAAAGAGAUCUGUUCAGAUUGCUGACACAACCGGUGAAAUAGAACUCAUUCUUUGGCGUGAAUGGGCGGACGUUAUUGCAUUUGAAGAUGGAAAUGUUUUAAACCUGGAAAAUAUUGUUGUAUCUAAAUUCAACGGGAAACUGAAUCUUACCACAGCAUUCGAGUCCUCAAUAACGAUACUGGACGAAGAGAUGACAGUAGCAAGACCAACAAAGCGCCCACUUUCCAAAUCGAAUAUCAUCUCCAUGGAGGCAUCCGUUCGUGCUAUUAAAGAAUUUAUUUCUACAUUUUCGUGCAUGAGUUGUAGGAAACAAAUAGACCUAGCUGAUGUUCAAGGUAUCGGAGGCUUCAUAUCAUGUCCCACAUGUUCGUGCACUUUUCUGAAAAGUGCACUACCACCUGCCCAGAAGUGUUUAAUUCUAUUGAGUGACAACAACGAAUGGUUCACUGCACAUACAAAAGUAAGAUUUCAUUUCUAAUCUAUGGUACACACGUAAAAAACGCACAAGUUGGGACAUACCUGCAGCAGACUUGUGCCAAUGCUGCGGUUUUAUUAACUUGUUAUCAGGACGCGUUUGCAUUGCAUUGCUUGUUGACAACUUGUCAACGGCUUGCUCACAACUUGCUACAAGCCUGUUGCGAUUACAUCCUGUUGACAAGAUGUCACUAGAUUUUUGCUUGUCUAGACAAGCCUGAAUGCAUGAAUUGAGCUUACUGUGACUUCCCACAAAGCACACAGUACUCUUCCUUAAUUGUAUAUAAUUACACAUUUUCGUCCCUUUUUCUAGGUUAUCCAACACCUGUUCCAAUGGACUGAAGGAAAGGCAAAACCUUUAGAAAAUGACCUGUUUUUCCUGCUCAAUACCAAGUAUUCCCUACGAGUCGACACGCAAAGAAAAAUUAUUGAGCAUGCAUGCCCUACUCUCGAGCAGACCUCGUCUGACAAGGAAAUAGAGGAAGCCAUUGCUGCGAUGGAAGAAGACGAAAACAGCACCAAAAAACCAAA